AUCCAAUUACCAACUCAUUCAUCACCAUGUCGCACUACCAAUUCAUCUCCCUGGCUACCAAGCCCUCCGCUCAGCUCAGCUACAGCUUCCAUCCCGCCGUGGGCGCCGUCAAACAGCCCGCUCUAGUCGUCUUCGUCAACGGCCUCGGGCUCUCGCAGACCGCCUGGGAGGGCGUCAUCGCGCGCCUGCAGGCUCAGCCUCCCGCCGCCGGCCUGCCAGCGAUGCUAACCUACGACCGGUACGGCCAGGGCCAAACCACCGACCGAGACCCCACCGACAGCACCGCCGAGGACCCCACGCACGGCCACGACACAUUAACCGUUGUCCGGGACUUGCGCCAGCUACUCACACAAGUGGCCGCGGAGAAGAUGGGCGUCUCCAAUCUCAGCGAGCUACCGCUCAUCCUAGUGUCCAACUCAAUUGGCGGCGCACUGGUCCGCCUUUAUGCACAAAAAUACACCGGCACCGUCGCCGGACUCCUGUUCCUGGACAGCGUGCUCGCCAACUCUGACUUCGUCUCCAUCUACCCGGACCCAGAUGCACCCGACUUUAAUCCGAGCAGCUUACCAGAAGGAGUAGACGAGGAUGCGAUCCGCGCCGCAAGAGCUUACAUGCAACGGGUCUUCCACCCCAGCAACGGCAGCCGCGAGGGUCUGAGCCGGCGCAACCUGGUGCAGCUCUUGCCGGACAGCGACGGGCCCAAGUUGCAGGGCCCGGACGGCCGCGGGCCCUGGGUGACGGUGGUGGGCCACGAGUUCGCGGCGUUUGAGGUUGAGUUCGAGAAGAUGGGCGGCGCGCCUCCGCGGCUCACGCAGGUCUACAUGAAUCCCUACUGGCAUCGAUUCAAUGAGGGGCUGGCGAGGCUGACCGACUCGGAGCGGAGCAAGGGUCCGCUUCAGGCGCCGGGGGCCGGGCACUUUGUUCAGAAGGAUAAUCCGGACUUUGUUGCGGAUGAACUACGUGAGAUGCUUGGCAAGGUCCUUUGAGAUGUGCAUAGGAUUGCAACUGCUGAGUGUGGUGGCAUCUUUUGCUUUGUAUCUUACUCGGUACAAAUUCAGUCUGCCGC